AUGGUGGUUGAACAAAUGCAAUUGAAAGGCACCCUUGAGGGCCACAAUGGAUGGGUCACUCAAAUCGCCACAUUUACCCGCAACGACAAGACCACUGUUAUUUCCUCUUCUCGGGAUCGCACUAUCAUCCUUUGGGAUGUUGACAACAUCGCCACUGAAGGAGAGUCAAUUGGACGGCCAGUAAAGGCUUUGACCGGACACAACCACUUUGUGUCUGAUGUCGCCAUCUCCUCAGAUGGACAGUUUGCUCUCUCCGGAUCUUGGGACAAGACUUUGCGCCUGUGGGACUUGACCACUGGACAGUCUACCCGCCAGUUUUCGUCACACACGAAGGACGUGCUUUCGGUGGCAUUCUCCGCCGACAACCGUCAGAUCGUUUCAGGAUCUCGUGAUCGCUCAAUCAAGCUCUGGAACACCCUAGCUCAGUGCAAGUACACCAUCACUGAGGAUUGUCACACCGACUGGGUAUCCACUGUUCGAUUUUCACCCUCUACUCGUGAUCCUGUGAUCGUCUCUGCUGGUUGGGACAAGAUUGUCAAGGUCUGGAAUCUUGGUAACUGCCGUCUGAAGACCAACCACAUCGGACAUACCGGCUACGUUAGCACUGUAACCGUAUCUCCUGACGGCUCGCUUUGCGCUUCCGGUGGCAAGGAUGGACAAGCCAUGUUGUGGGAUCUGAAUGAGGGCAAGCACUUGUACACACUUAAUGGUAAUGACGUUAUCCACGCAAUGGCAUUCUCUCCCAACCGAUAUUGGUUGUGUGCUGCUGUUGGCCCUGUUAUCAAGAUUUGGGAUUUGGAGGACAAGCGCGAAAUUGAGGAACUCAAGCCUGAAAUCACUGGAAAGAGCUCUACCGCUCCCCAGUGUGUUUCACUGGCCUGGUCUCAAGACGGACAGACACUUUACGCUGGAUACACUGACAACGUCAUACGUGUCUGGCAGGUGUCCGUGCGUGCAAAUUAA